CAAUUUUGUCGAAGCUUUUGCGAAAAUCUCUUAGCUCUAGCCUCUAAGCCUCUACAUAGGCCACAACCUCCAACAGCCCCUCCACGCGCGACCAUGUGGGCAAACCGGCUCACUACAUCAUGUCUUCGAGCAAGAAGAACAGCUAGCGCAAUUCCUGACGGCGCAAAUAGCCUCAGCUCUAAUAUUUUACGACGAAUAAAUCGUCAAAGAGGCCUGUCGGGAGUUACCUCGAUACUUCAAUGCCGAACCAAUACAACCUCUACCGUAAUCAAUGGCACCACCUAUCAGACAGAUUCUUGGUUCAAUGUACCUCACAAUAUCAUUGAAAAAGUCCCCCGCCGAUUACACCUACAAAAAGACCAUCCCGUAUACAUAACCCGGCAGAUCGUCGAGUCCGUAUUCCCGGGCCCGACCUUCAAAUACCACAAUGACUUCGACCCUGUCGUUACAACUUACCAGAACUUCGAUUCGCUAGGGUUCCCAAAAGACCACCCCGGGCGGGCUAAGUCAGACACAUACUAUGUCAAUUGCGACACGCUACUCCGAACGCACACGAGCGCCCAUCAAGCAGAGGUGUUCCGGGCGAAUCUGAGCGAAGGAUACCUAAUCAGUGCCGAUGUCUACCGCCGUGAUGAAAUUGAUAGGAGUCAUUACCCCAUAUUCCACCAGAUGGAGGGUGCGCGGUCGUGGGAUCGCGCUAAAGUACCCAAUGGGGAUGUUGCGGCGGCUAUAUGGGCGGACCUAGAAAAACUACCGAAACACAAUAUCCAAGUCGAGGACUCAGACCCACCGUUCCACGACGAGAGGAAUCCUCGGCAAACGGCACAUCACUCCCCGGCCGAGGCCGAGGCUAUCGCUGCCCAUCUGAAGAGGUCGCUAGAGCUCAUGGUCGUCGAGAUCUUCACCCGCGCCAAAGCAGCUGCUGUAAGGGCCGACCCUAGGUUCAUAGAUGAACCGCUCCAGGUACGAUGGGUCGAGGCGUACUUCCCUUUUACAAGUCCCUCUUGGGAGCUUGAAGUUUACUACGGCGGUGAUUGGCUAGAAGUACUAGGUUGCGGUGUAGUCAGACAGGACCUGUAUAUCAAUGCAGGUGUGCCAAAUCAACUAGGCUGGGCUUUCGGUAUUGGCCUUGAAAGAAUCGCCAUGCUACUGUUUCAAAUACCAGACAUUCGUCUCUUCUGGUCACAGGACGAGCGUUUCCUAGCCCAAUUCAGGGGUGUUUCGGACGACUUGAGUUCGCUAAAACGCUUCGUGCCUUUUUCUAGGUACCCUAUUUGCGCUAAAGAUGUAUCAUUCUGGCUGAGGCCGUUGUCCGCGGCUGGGGGCAAUACCAAAGCCAACGCGCACGACUUUCACGAGAACGACGUAAUGGAAGUCGUACGCAGCGUGGCUGGAGAUGACGUCGAGGAUGUCAAGCUAGUAGACCAGUUUACUCACCCUAAGACUGGGAGGAAGAGCAUGUGCUACCGGAUCAACUACCGUAGCCUCGAACGGACUCUGACUAAUGCAGAGACUAAUGAUCUUCAUGACAAGGUCAAUAAAGCUUUGGUGGAAAAACUCGGAGUGGAAAUUCGGUGAUAUACUGCCAGGGGGGUAACUACUAUCUCAACUUUAAGCUAACCAAUCUACCUAACUCUGGUGUCUUCUAGUCAUUCUGGCUGUAGCCUGCUCUCAUGAUGACAACAGCAUACUUUAAUCGCUCUCUCACUUCUUCGUGCGGCGAAGCCUAACCUAGGCGGAAGUCCAUCUGUUUAUUAGAAACUUGCAUUUGCACAGAAAUCCAGCGUCUCCGCGCGAGACUGCCAAUGGCUCUUCUGUAAUAAGCAACAUUUACUUUCGUGGCUUGUUAGUCAAGCGUGACUACUUCUGUAGGCACUGCAUAUUGCAUAGCCCGAGUAAAUUUUCUAUAUCAGAGAAACCUCCCGACUAGGUAGGUGGGAACCACAAGAAAGUGAGAGUUUAGGAUUUGAGAAUGCUUGCUUGUUGCUGUGGUAGUGGUGUCUAUUUGUCGGUAUGGCUAUUUAGCUCAGAUAGGGUAUAUUGGAUUGGGGUUGAUAAACAUUGACUAGAAGAGCUACGAGCACUGAGCUUUGUCUACAGUUCGGAAGGAAUAAGGAGAUCGAACUCAUUUCCUAGCAGACAGAGCCAGUUAGUUGAUAGAAAUACUUGAUGUCAAACUAGUCGCCUCAUGUCAACACGUUAUUGUAAUAGCCUCUUCCUGGGAGUAUGCUAUCUGUAUAAUAUAAACUAUGCCUACUAUCAAAAUAAAAA